UCCUAGAAGACCUUAGCUGAUUAGAGGAGGGGGGGAAGAGAGUAGGGGAUUCAGUUGUAUGGCCCCGAUUUAUCAGGCAAAACUCCCAUGUGAUCAGACCAGCAGCGUCAGAGAGGCUGAAGCUGGGAGGCAAGCACUAGCUAAUGAGGCUUUGUGCAAAGCGGUAGCUCUUGUCGCUGAACAAUAAAGCAUAUGGUACCAGCAAUAAAACGCCAGACUGGGAAAUUUAAGAAGAUUCCACUGGAACCAGGAGAGCAGGUAACACGUCACGCCCUUGCAACAUGACAGCUCAUUGGGGUGCAUAAUUAUUAGCCAAAAAGUGCAUGGAUUGGAAACGCAACCACUUGAACAGGUACAUGUGACAGUAGUGCAGCUAUGAGUGGAAUUUUAAAGAGGAAGUUUGAAGAAGUUGAUGGCUCCUCACCCUGUUCUUCCGUGCGGGAAUCAGAUGAUGACAUCUCUAGCAGCGAAAGCGCUGAGAGUGGGGAUAGUGUCAACCCUUCCACUUCAAACCAUUUUACCCCAUCCUCGAUUCUGAAGAGUGAGAAAAGGAAGAGGACAAAAAAUGUUCAUUUUAAUUGUGUUACGGUAUACUACUUCACCAGGAGGCAAGGCUUCACGAGCGUUCCCAGCCAAGGAGGCAGCACUUUGGGCAUGUCCACUCGUCACAACAGUGUACGCCAAUACACCCUUGGGGAGUUUGCCAUGGAGCAAGAAAGGCUCCACCGAGAGAUGUUAAGAGAACAUCUCAGGGAGGAAAAGCUGAACUCCUUAAAACUCAAGAUGACUAAUAAUGGCACGGUGGAAUCCGAGGAAGCAAACACUUUAACGCUGGAGGACAUUUCUGAUGAUGAUAUAGAUCUGGACAACACCGAAGUAGAUGAGUACUUCUUUCUACAACCUCUGCCGACAAAGAAACGAAGGGCGCUCCUGCGAGCCUCUGGAGUCAAGAAGAUUGAUGUGGAAGAAAAACAUGAGCUGCGAGCCAUCCGUCUUUCAAGAGAGGACUGUGGUUGCGAUUGUCGAAUCUUCUGUGACCCGGAAACUUGCACUUGCUGCCUUGCAGGCAUAAAAUGCCAGGUGGACCGUAUGUCUUUCCCAUGUGGUUGCACUAAAGAAGGAUGCAGCAAUACAGCCGGCAGAAUUGAAUUUAAUCCCAUCAGGGUUCGGACUCACUUUUUGCACACUAUAAUGAAACUUGAAUUGGAGAAAAACAGAGAGCAGCAAGUUCCCGCACUGAACGGCUGCCAUGCUGAGCUCAAUGCUCACAGCAGUGCAAUGGGUCCCACCUCCCACCCCCUGGAAUUUUCAGUCCCGGAGAAUUUUGAAUUAGAGACCGAACCCAGGGCUGCGGUAAUGCAUUUGCAGUCGGCAGAUGACUUGGAUUGCACUGGGGAGGAAGAAGAGGAGGAGGAGGAGGAGGAAGAGGAUGAAGACGCAAGUAGCUUUUGUAGUGGAGUUACCGAUUCCAGCACACAGAGUUUAGCGCCCAGUGAAACAGACGAAGAUGAUGAGGAAGAGGAGGAGGAGGAGGAGGAUGACGAGGAGGAGGAAGAGGAGGAGGAGGAGGAAGAAGAAGAAAAACUAGAUGAAUGUCUGGAAGGCUUGGGUGUACACACUGAUGCAGGUCAAGCCCUCCCUUCUGUCCUCUGCUAUUCAGACAGCACUGCCAUGCAUGAAAACCAGCCAAAGGCACUUUCGUACUACCCGAGCUCCACAUCCUUGUAUUACCAAAUAGAGAAUCACGGCCCUGGCACUCCUAACCAGAUUCGGGAGACUUACUCUGAAAGAGAGACUGUUAAGAACGGGAAUCUUUCUCUGGUGCCUUAUAACCCAACUUCGGAACAGUUUGUGGACUAUGCACGGCCCUCAGAGGAAAAUUAUAGCAGCUCCCUGUAUCCCUCUUCAAACCCGUCUGUCAUCGUUUGCUGCUCUUCGUCCGAAAGCGAUAACGUUGUUCCAUGUAGCAGUUUAUACACUGAACAUCGGCCAAGGCAUUCCCAAGUGGGUUUUCCUUCAUACUUGAAAAGUCCUUCGCAAGAUGGAUUUGUAUCUACUUUGAAUGGUGGCGCUCACCUCCCAGAGCGUCCCACCGAGAAUUCACUUGGCCUUUCAGAAAAGAGCAGACUACACGAAGAGUGUAUCAAAUCUCCCGUCAUGGAAACAGUACCUGUUUAAAUUUAUUUUAGGACAGAAUUGCUCUAGAUUUCAAAUGCAUUCUAUUUUAAUUGGAUUUCCCUGGAAGCGUUCUUAUUUUUUUUUUCUCUCAGCAGUGGAGGUAAGGGGGGAGACCGUGGCUAAUGUUUUGAUUUUCUUUUUCAUUGUUGUUUAUCAGUAAAGCUCUCUUGGUUGUGGCCAUUGCACAAAAACAGUUUGUGUAAAAAAGUAAACUUUUAUAAAAAAAAAUAGAAUGGUCCUUUGAUAGAAAAUACCCAGAUUUUAAAAUAAUCCACACAGACAUAUAUAUAUAUAUGUAUAUAUAUAUAUGUGUGUGUAUAUAUAUCCACAUCCACGUGCAUAUAGUAUGAAAAUGGCCCACGUGUUGUUUAUGCUGGGCUUUCUAACUUACAACUUAUUUUAUUGUCGGGCUUGUGCAAGAUAAUAAAAACGUUACUUUGGGUUCUUUAUAUUUAGGGUAUUAAAAUAUUGCUCCUAUUUGAGGGUGAUGACUUUUUAAAUGUAAACGUGACUGCAAACAAAAAAAAACCAAACAAACCUGAAUUAUUCAGUAAUGUAUUUGUUUAUUUAUUGUAGCUUAGUACUCAUAACUUGAGAAAAAUGAACCGCUUGCUCUUUGGAGCAGAACAGCACAAUGAGAUUUCGUUAGGCAAAUUGCCUUUGUGAGGGUAGUGCAUUUGAUCACGAACCCUGUUCUCUGAUCUGCACUAGGGACUAUUCGUAUUUGUAAUGUAGGAAUGUAGGGAGGACAUACCACUUAGUCAUUUUGGUGACACUGGUGUGGAGUUUGUGUUGCGAUUGCUGCCCUGUGCCCAUCUCAAGGAGAGGACAAUGUAUAAGAUUUUUCUAAAUUGCAGCUAAUGGCAGCUACAUUUCUAAAAAUGUGUAACGUAGGACAAUCCUUAGCUUUUCAGGGGUCAAGAGAAGCGGCGUUAGCAUUAUAAGGAAAUUGGGUUGUGUUUUUUUUAUUCAAUUGUCUCUCUCCAUUCUUUUCAAUCUAUAAACUUUUCCAGAUGAAUGCAGAAUAUUAAAUGGGGACAAUAUCCAGCCAGACUUCUUCAGAUCUUGCUGUCAUUUCCCCCCCUCUCCCCCCACAAUCACUGGCCAUUUUUCCUUCAACCAACAUACUUUUCCUUAACGGCAACCCCUCACACUUGUGAAGAACUUUGCUUGUCAGAAAAUGGUGGCUCUACUACAGGAUGGCUUGGGCCUUCUAUUAAAUAAUUCAAUUCAAAUCUUUAUUGUCAGUGCACAAUUUAUGUACAAUGAGAUUGGUUGAGCUCCAACCAAAUAAGAGCUCCAAAAUAAGAGCAUUGCUGCAGUCUUUCAUGGUUAUUUCUCCAUGUAAAGUCGGAAUGCUAUAUUUUUAUUUAUUAAAAUUAUCAUCCCGACGUAUAAAGUGCUCGGAGUGAGCUUCACAGCAGUUUAAGAAAUAAUCCAGAGUGAAUGACUAAACCAAGGUUAUCUCUAUCUUGGAGCUCUCGUGACCAAUACGGGAUUCGAUAUGGGUUUUCCGUGGGGUAGCUUCUCAUCUCCUUCAAGCUCUAGAUCUCAAUGGCAUUCUGUCUCUCCGCUAGCCCUGUAACCAUUUCCUCUCCCCUGCAUACAAUAAUAGCAUGCGAAGAGUCACAUGGGAAUAUGGAAGCACAGUGCUAAUGGAAACGAUCCAGAGAUAUCAAAAGGGAAUUCCUUCAGUGGAAUGUCACAUUCCACUGCUUUUGGUGGCACUUCCUUGCAAUUAACUUUUAAUGGGCUGUGUGCUUUUGUGCUCACAGCCCAGGGCAGCUUUUUUGUAAGUAUCUUUUUGUUCUUAAAUGAACAUACUUUGGUGUAGCAGCGAUGAGUAAAUCUUAAAGACACCACAGACUGUUGGUUCUUAAAUGUUGCAUCUAUUUCUUUUUUAAAAAAAUAAUCCAUGGAUAAACCAUGCAAGAAUUUUCAGCAGUUCUCAGAAAGAAUUUUACUCUGAAUUUCUUUAGCCAAUUAAAAUAAUUAGGAAAAGAAUGGCAUUGUGAGCUUUGUGGAGAAAUUCAGUGAGCUCUGAAAAAAAAGAGAAGAUACUCAGAAUCUGUAGAGAUGGAGUUUCUCAUUUGAAUGUGAUGUGAUUCACAAUAAUCUCUAAAUAGGAAAGGAUUUAGGGUUGAGUGGAAUCAGUAGACAUAUUUCAGCCAUUGUUCUCUCUUGUUUUAGCAAAAGCAUUGAGAUUGCUCUAUUAGAAAAAUUUUCCUUAUUUCCAAGUUGAACCUCUCCUUGUUCAGUUUCCAUCCAUUAUUCCUUAUCCGGCCUUCAGCUGCUUUGGAAAAUAGCUUGACCACCUCUCUAUGGUUUCACUCAGUCUAUAUGUACUGUUAGUUUUUCUUGCCUAAGUGUAAGACUUUACUUUUCUCUACAUUGACUUUUGUUAGAUAUUCUCUGAACUGGUUGUCCUAAACAGAUCUAAAUGAUAAAUAUCCACUUGUGACUCUUUUCUAGAUUUCAAAAACAAUAUUUAUGAAUGUAACCUGGAUCACAAAAGUCUACCUUCCAGUUACUCAAAAGUUAAUCUUUGGUGGGUCUUAACUCUUCUAUUUCCUCACUUACUACAAAAAUUAGGCAUUAUUCCAUAUUCCUGGCAUGUGCUUACUGCAGGUGAUCUUUGGGCUUGAAUGUUGAUUCCUACCUUCUGUAUUUUACUUUCUUAAUUGUAUCCUUUCUCAUUAUUUUUAAACAUACCAGCCACUUGGUCAGCACCGGCUGCAUAGCAACAAACAGAUGAUGCUUGGAUGCCCAAAAGGACUAGUUUUGCUGACUUCUGAUCCAUAAAAUCCAUUCUUAUUUGAAUCUUACUUUUGCAUUCUUUCUCUUUGGCCAUAUAAAAUGAGGAAGGUGGAAUAAAUUACUAGUUUGGCACAUUGUGCUUUAAUUUUUGGAGUGGCUCUCUAAGUUGCCUCGAUACUGACAAUAAUUCUGAAGAAUUUGCAUAAGAUGUUUGAUGCUGGUCAUUGAUGCUAGCUGGAGCACAUCAUUGCUGCUGGAAACACUCUUUGUACUCAGCUAAUUCCACGUCAUUGUAAAUUACUUCAUGGAAUCAGGCUUGCAAGUCAGAAGGAUGACAACUGAAAACCCUGUUCUAACAAGUUAAAACUCACCUAGAUACCAUGAUGGGACCCAAACCAGAUGAUUAUGAUUCAGAAAUAAAGGGUACUAGAAUGUACUAUUUUCUAAUCAAUUCUCCCGAUUCAGGCCUACCUCCACUACCAGCACCAAAAGCUGGAAAUGUUCCAGUAAAAAUCAUGCCUUCAUCACGCACUUAAUGCUGGAUCACUGCAAGACUGUUUGGGAGCCCUUUAAGACCAUACUUCAGGCCUUCUCCUACCCCACCAGUGAUAUAGCCUCAUGUUGUUGUGUUGUGUUGUGUUUUUUUGCAUCAGAUGGAUCUCCAGAGUAAGAUCCCUACAAAAUUGUGCCAGAAUCCUGCCAGAUAUGCUUCCACAUUGUCUGAGCAAGUGCCAGUCAGAGUGGACCCAUGUUUUAGUAGUGACUCUCUCCUCUUUAUGUUUAAGUCUGCAAAAUCUGUAACCCUUUGAUUUGCUGAUGGCCAUUCAGUAGGUUAGGACCCACAUUUUGAGAAGCCUCACUGAAGGGGACAUUGGAACACCAGGAAGGAUGCAAUCUUGUUGCAGCAUCCAAUCUGGGCCGGUCAUCAGGAUCAGUGGUUUUGUCUUCUGAGCUUUCGGACUUGUGCUGGAGCCCAUCUUCAAGGGGACUCUAGGACAAGUCCAAAAGUUCAGAAGAUUAAACCUCUGGUCCCGGUGACUGGCCCAGAUUGGAUCCUGCAACAUUAACCUGGGAGAUGUAUAUUUGGCUUCAUUAGAUACUAUCUUGUCUUGUUGAUUCAACAGGACAAGAGUCAAAGUUGAGUUCACGGCUCUCAUGCCCCAUAUCAUCUGCCAAUUGUUUAUAUUUGUUUAAAUGGGAAAAUGCAUACAUUUGUAAGUCAUUGGGAGUACAAGAUAGUGACUUGGAUAAAUGGUCUGGAACAAACUUUGCUUACCCCCAAGCAUAAGAUCUAUAAAGCAUCAGAGGUUGGUAACAGUAGUUGCAAAUACUAUUUUUGUGGCAUUGUUUUUAGUACAUAGGCAUAUAAUACAAUGACUUUACUACCAUAAUAAAUGAUCAAUAUUUUCUGAACUCUGAUCCAGUAGGACCCAGGACUCUUCCACAUCAGGCCCAUUUAUAAAUGGGUGAAGUGUAAGUGUGAAAACUGGAGAUGGAUUUGAUUUUCCUCCCAUUCAUCCAUCUGCCAGCAGGCCUCAAAAUGAAAAGGAACUGUAUACAAAUUGUUCUUUGUGGCUGAGACCGACUCAGUUCAUCUGGAAUCACACAAGCAACCUCUGCAUGUUUGGAAAGUCCCACUGUUUUUAGUACGGGGAUAAAACACAUUUUGGCUGUAUUUUAUCACUGUGACUUUAUCCACUGUUAAUUUCUGAAGGAAACAUUAGAUGCUUAAUGUGAUGUAAAGAAUAUAAAUAAUGUGGCUAGAAACUACAAUCUUAUUUGUAAUCUGAACAGUGCUACGGCAAAGUCUGAUGGUACAUAAACUUUGCUAGCGGUUUCUCGCAUGAUUACUGCCAACAUCCAUAUAUCAUGAAGCUAAACAAUGUAGCUUCACAAAAUUACAUGUCUGUUACCUAUAUGAAGAAUUAAACCAGAGUCAGGCAACCUGAUAUACACAAAUCCCCCAAGUGCUUUCCUUGGUAACUUUGAGACUACUGAACUGUCUUUUAUUUUCCUUACAAUGAAAUAAUUAAUAAAUAUAAAAAUACCCAGAUUGUAUAGUGCAAAAUAAAGCACCAGGGCCUGACCUCAUUAUUAUUAUUAUUUUACAAAAAUAUCUUUGUGUUUCAUGGAUGUCCCAAUUGGAUGAUGUAAAAGAAUGAAGAAGAAAGCAGCAAAAUUUUCAAUUUGUUGUCAAGUAAAUUGCUGGAGGUGCCCAUGUAUUUACUAAGAGUCAAGCAUGACUUCAGAGAGCCUGUUUUUUGUUUUCUUUUUAUAUAUUCAUAAGGCUUUAUAUAUAGCACAAGGCUGGUAUCAGAUAAUAAUUGAAUAAAAUAAAAUAGAAUAAAAUAAAAUGUAUGGAAAUUUUUAAUUACAAUAGUAAAAGCAAAUAAAAACGAAACUCACAAAGUGAGAGAAUAAAAAGUGCAAAAAAAGAGAAGUAAGAUAAUGAAAAAGGAAAUUAAAGAAAUGAAUUCCCAUCUUCAUCACAAGCAUAAACAAGGUAAAUUAUCAUUUUUUCACUUAGUGUCAGCAAAAAGUCUGUAAAGGGUUAGCAGAGCUUUAUAAAAACGUAUCAAUGUAACCUUGGUCAAACAAAUUAACAAUCUUCAUUUUUAAUUCAUUCAGAUGUUGACAUAGAAUUUGAUUUCAUUCCAUUUUUCUCCAUCCAAAAGAUUUUUUGAAACAGAUAUUUUGUAAAUCCAAUAAAAAUCAUUAUCAAGGUUUUUCUCUUGCUUUCUUGACUGUAUUUCUACUUUAAUUUUCAAAGCUUUACUAUGGUUCUUUCAUAUAUCCAGUAAAAGCUUCUUAUCUGGAUCAUUUUCUUGGCUCACCUUUUGUGUUUCUGCUUUAGCUACCUUUUCUGUCUUAUAAUCCACACUUCUAAAAUUAUCUGAUAUUUCUACAUCAUGGAAAAUUUGUUCCCAUCCAUCAUUUCUUCAUUAAUAUCUUUUGGACAUAGUAUAGUCAUAGAAUCAAAUAUUGUUGCUAUUAUUGUAGCUGCUAAUUUCUGACCCCAUUGUUCAAAAGUCUCGUGGAGGGUUAACCAAUUUUUUAUGUCAUUUUGUAAAUUCUUUUGCUAACCAAAAGCAAAACGGAAGGUUGCCCUCCCCCCUCUUUUACUUUUCUGCCUGGGAUCUGUAGUCCCCUCAGAUGACCUAUUUUUGACAUCAUAAAAUAAUUUCAAAAUUUCAUAUGACUUAGGAUAGCCAAAACAUUUUCUUCCUAUGAAAGUCUGUUUGUUUAUAUAAUUAUUUCCAAAACUUUUAGUAAAAGUUUUAAUAUUCUAAAUUCAUCUGGAUCUUUAAGUCAUUUAUAACUUUCUUGAGUCAAAAUCCUGUUUAGCUUUUUGCCAUUAAUAUUUCUAGCUCUUCAAAUUCUUAAACUUGUAGGGGGUUUUUUUGUUGGUUUUUUGUUCAGGAAUGAAGUUAAACUCACCAGGUGGCUUUUCAAGCUUGUUGUUCUGAAGCUGUAAUAGCCUUAAGGCAAUUUCCAAAAGUUUAGUAAACCCAAUAUCUUUUAAAAGGCUCUGCCAGUUGUGAGAAUAAUGGCUAUUCCCUUCAUUUCCUGGCAUUCAAACCCAUAGAAGACAACUGUCCUGUGGUCUCCUCGUGAGGAGCAGCCAUCCGGAGCAUAUGUGGGUAAUCUCCCUUCCUCUUCUUAUCUGGAGAAGUUCUAUAGAACCAGUAUAUUCAUCAGUUUCUCAGUCUUUUCCACAGUUGCCUCUGCCCUCUCAGGGAUGGCUAGUUCACCAUGCUUCUCCAUAAAUUUCCUCGACAAGAAUAUAUCUUCAUGUACCUGCUAGAGGUUAUUUUGUCGCUAUAUAGCUUUUAAAAUUCUGUGUUAGCCUUGCCAGAAGAAUACAAUUUCAGCCUCCUUUCUUGUAAGCUGCUAUUAUCAUUAUCAUUAAAAAAUGUUGGGUCUCAAAUGGGGACAUGCAGGUAGAUCCUGCAUAGCUCUGAUGGCAAAAAACCAACAACAAGAAACACGUCCAGUUGAAUCCUCCUCCUCCCAUGUUUCAUCUCCUGCAGUGAAAGCUAUUUACCUGGCUCCGAGCAGGCAAAGAAAACCAUAGGAUUGGAAAAGAAGGUCAACGGAUUUAAUUUAAGAGGUUAAAACUGAACAUUCUAUUUGUUUGGUUUUUUGCAGUUCUUUCUGGAAAAAAACAUUUUUCCUCCCUGCAAAUCCAGCAUUCUCCGCACGUAGGUUUAAUCAAGUGUUUUCAGCUUUUUCUCUAAAGGCAAGUUCCUAGGCAACACAAACUUCGCUUCUUCAAAGCCACAAGUCACAGUAACAUAGGAACUUCAAUUUAAAUCUUUUAUUAUUUCAGACUCUCUAUUUCCCAGGACUGCCACAUUAAUUUACCUGUGCAGAGUAAUUUCAGCUACAUCUUAAUUCAGCUGCUUAAAUCACACAUGUCUCUACAGCCACAUACAUGCCAUGCAGCUUACAAAAAUGCAAGUGAAGUGUUUACUGUCUUUGCAAGAAUUUUUAUAAUAAUUGAUGGCUGUAUUAUUUUUUUAUUAAAGUUUCGUUCAAGAGCCAAGAGUUCUCUAUUGUGAAGUCAACUUGCUCCUCUUCUACGAUUUGUUUUUGUUUUUUGGCAUUGAUGGCUGUUAAAAAGGAAGGCAUUCUUAACUAACCCACAUAUUUAACUAGGCACUUUGCAAAAAUAACAGUUGAUGCUGAAUCACUCUACAAGUAGUUCUCGACUUGCGACCACAAAUGAGCCCAAGAUUUCUGUUGCUGAGACAAUUAAAUGAGCGUUACCCAGUGGUGGACUGUUGCCGGUUGUAACAACCGGUUUUGCCAGCACCGAAAAUGUGAGCGCGUGUGGCCUUCUGCACAUGUGCGCAGCUUCAAAAACACAGCGAUAUAGGACGGGAUAGUGCCGGGGUGGGCGCGGUGGGCCCACCUGCAGGUCGCAACUACUAGUUCACCCGAACCGGUCUGAACCAGCAGUAGCCUACCUCUGGCCUUACCCCAUUUUAUGACUUUUCUUGCCAGAGUUAAGUGAAUUGCUGCAGUUGUUAGGUUAGUAACACAGUUGUUAAGUGACUCUGGCUUCCCCCUUGAUUUUGCUUAUCAGAGGUUGCAAUGAUCACAUGACCCUGGGACACGGUAACCGUCAUAAAUAUGAACCAACUGCUAAGCAUCCGAAUUCUGAUAAUGUGACAUGGAGAUGCUGCAAUGAUCUUAAGUAUCUAAAAACGGUCAUAAAUAACUUGUUUCAGUGCCAUUGUAACUUCAAACAAUCACUAAAUGAAUGGUUGUGAGUAAGGACUACCCGUAUAUACAUAAGCUAAGGAAUAUGUUCAUCUAAAUCAUAUUGGUAAUAAAAAUAACUUGAUCGAUUAUUGGCAACCUAUGAUAUGGAUUAUUUGCUUUAGGUCCUUUUUAAUUCAGAUGCAUGGCACACAUAUAAAAUUCAUCUCUUUUGAAAUGCUUUCAGUAUAAAGGAGGACAGUAGCAGGUCCAAUAAUAUUGUGGCUCUAACAGAGGUAGUCCUCGUUUAGCGAGUGCCUUGUUUAGCAAUUGUUGGUGAUAAAAAAGAUAAUUUUGUGACCAGACUUCACAUUUAAGGUCUGUAAAGCAAAGGAAAGCUGAAGUGAGAUCAUAAGCCAGUUGUGGUUCCAUUGAGUGACUGCUUUUUUAAAUAACCAAAUUGCGGGUCUCAAUUGUAGUUGUUAAAUGAGGACUAUCUGUAGAACUUUGUUUUAUUUUCAGAAAAGAGAAAGAAUUGAAGUUUUAAAACGGGUGAAACUUACUUGAAAAUUAAAAAUAAGUAGUAGUUUUCAGUUAAUAAAUUUCAUAGCAGAUCAGAAUGAUUGUGGUAUUCCUAGGUCACCUUUUCAGAGCUUCACUUCCUGCCAAAGGUUCUAACAGUUAUACUGUCCAAAAUUCCUCCCACUCCUAAAGACAUUUAUAGCAUGACACUAGAAAAUGAACAAACCCAAAACAUACAUACAAGCUGUAAUUGACAUUAUAGUGCAACUUCCACAGGCUGAUUUAAUUUGCAUUAUCAUUUGCAACUUCACUGAUACAAAAGGGUUAGUGUAGGUGGCGAAAACCCUAAACUAUACCUUAUGCUACAAACUUUAUUUUAUGCUGUAUUCCUUCUGUAUUUAUAUUUUCGGUAUUUAUGAUGAAUGAUCUGUAAUUUGAUGUAUUUAAUGUGGCUUAUUCUGCAAUGUAUAUAUUAAAAAUAAGCAUUUAUAAGUCUUAAAAUUAGGUUAUUUUUUUUCUUAGUGGCAUUCGUACUAUGCUGUAUUUUUAUUAUAUAUUGUACAAUAUAUAUAUUUAUUGUCCAUUUGUUUGCAACAAAGUAA